GGGCCAUGUUUUGCGUCCCCAGCUGUCUUGACGCGGUGUCGCUAACCGGUUAUCCGCCUCAGCGACAACGUCGUUUACACUCACGGUACACAUCGACGGCGGCAUUAACGGUGCGUGGCUCGCCAGUCGUGAUGCCGGUCCAUUCCCGGGAGAAGAAGGAAAACAACCACGAAGAAAUGGAGGUGGAUUUCCCGGAGCAAGACGCUAGCAGCACGGACGAGGAGGACACGGUUAGCACGUCCGUGUCUGAAGAUGGAGACAGCUCAGAUAUGGAUGACGAAGACUGCGAGAGGAGGAGGAUGGAGUGUUUGGACGAGAUGACCACGCUGGAGAAACAAUUCACAGACCUGAAGGAGCAAUUGUAUAAAGAACGUCUGAGCCAGGUAGACGUCAAGCUACAGGAGGUGAUGGCCGGAUGUGCCCAGGAGUACCUGGAACCUUUAGCCAACCUGCAGGAGAACAUGCAAAUCAGAACCAAAGUGGCAGGCAUCUACAAGGAGUUGUGCUUGGAGUCGGUGAAGAACAAGUACGACUGCGAGAUCCAGGCGGCCUGCCAGCACUGGGAGAGUGAGAAGCUGCUGCUUUUUGACACUGUGCAAAGUGAGCUGGAGGAGAAGAUAAGACGGCUGGAGGAAGAUAGACACAGCAUCGACAUCACCUCAGAGCUGUGGAAUGAUGGAAUGCAUGCCAGGAAAAAUAAGAAGAAGGAUCCAUUCUGUCCAAUUAAGAAGAAGAAGCCAGUCGUGGUUUCUGGGCCUUAUAUUGUUUACAUGCUGCAAGAUCUGGAUAUUCUUGAAGACUGGACCGCGAUACGCAAGGCCAUGGCAUCUCUAGGACCGGCCAGGGCGAAAGUUGAUGUUGUAUCAGCCAAAACGGAGCGACAGCACCACGUGGCCCGCUCUGAAGACGGAAGACUGUUCUAUGACAACCAGUGGUACUGCAGGGGCCAGGCCAUCUGUAUCAACAGGAAGGACGAGUGCCCCGCAAGCGCCGUCAUCACCACCAUCAACAAUGACGAGGUGUGGUUCAAACGACUGGACGGCACCAAGUCCAAGCUGUACAUCUCCCAGCUGCAGAAAGGCAAAUACACCAUCAAACACUCUUGAAACAGCCAAAGUGUGGUGUGCGCCAUCGCACCAUGCACCUCACCUUUAUUUGCACGCAAUGGGACCACCUGUUCACCAUCGAGGGAUGUGGUCCUCUGUACAUAUGUAUUUAUGUUGAUAGGGCAAAGUCACAAAGUGUCACGUCUGCACUAAGUCAAGAUUGCUGCUAAGACGGAGGGCGAUAAAGCGGCGCAAUGAUCCCUGGAGCUUAGUCCUGUGCCUUUCUGAGACCAGACCUUGGCUGAAUUACAACACCUGUGCAGAAAGCAAUCAAAAGACUGCGAGUGGGUUCAAACGGGUCAGUUCGUUUUUGCUGCUCCCUACAAUCCUGCCUGAUACGAGUGUGUGGGUGUGUGUGUGUGUGUGUGCGUGUGUGUGUGUGUGUGUGUGGGGUCAAAUAUUGCACAAGAUGAGGAGGGGAGAUUGUAGAUCAAUUAAGACAGGGGUGUCCAAACUUUUUCUAUUGACAGCACCCAGGGGCCAUUUAGACGUUUUUCAUUUUUAAAACCGUUACGGCUCCCUUCAAUUUCACAGAACACUAAAGGUCCCGCAGACCCAAAAGUGUCUUAGUCAUUAAAGUGUUAAAAAUAAGUCAUGUGUUAUAUUAAACACAUGACACAUAUAUAUG